ACACUUUACAUAAUUACAUUCAAAACGAUAUAAUUCUAAGGGAUGAUAGUCUGUAAGCACUAGUGAAUUUGUACAGAAGAUGAUCGUAUUUCUAUAUCACGCGGAUGCAUAGUUUACAUUGUUUGCGUUAAGCGGUCAAUAAGCCUCAAGGAAUUUUCAGAGGAAAUGGAUAAUAAACAAACUUCAAAGAAAUCUAAAAAGAGUGUGACAUCAAACGAUAAAAAUAAUAACAAAAAUGGCAGUAAGAAGAAAAAGAAAAACAGAAAAUCAGCAAAUAAAUCGGACAAUAAAGACAGUGACCAGAGCCCAGAUACCUUGGAAGUCGAGGGACUUGGUGCCUUGGAUAACACGCAAGGUGUAGACUCAGAUUCAUCACUUGCCUACCAAGAAAGCUCUAAGCGCGGCUCAGAACCUCUUGAAAAUGCUACUCAAAACAGACUGGAAAAUACCUCAACUGCAGUGGAAGUCGAGGCCAAGAAAACGACACAUCUGGAGAUCAGUGUUGCCGCCAUCUCCAUAAAACCUUCCAGAUCACAAGAUUCGCUCAGAGAACCCCCAGUAAAGGAAACAUCAUCGACAAUGAUCACAAGGCAAAGAAGUAUCAUCGCCAAAAAUAAUAAAUACAAAACAAAUAUAAACACUACGUUGAAAGCGGGAUAUCAAUUUGGUGCUAAAUCUCUUCCAAGAAAUUCGUCCUGUGUUAAUCUUCCAGCCAGUAAGAACGAGAGUCUACGAUGGGACAAUCCGGCUGACGGAUCAGAUGAGGAGGACGAGAGAAUUAGGUUAUACAAAAUAAACAGAAGAAAAAGAUAUUUAGCAGCAGCUCAGGCAAAAGGCCUAGGAUGGGCAGCAAAUUACAAGAACGGAACACCAGUAAAUGAAGACUCAGGGAUAGACGCCAAGGACUCCCGAACAGCUGCCAGGAAUGAUAACCACGUGAUGUCAGACUUUGGCCCAAUAAAAAGCCUUGCGCCAGCAGCAUCAAAUUCUGGCCUCGCUAUGGUGGAAUGUUGAUGAUGUCUUUGUUUUAUAUUUUAAUUUAUUGGUAAUUAUUUUAAUUAUUAUACAGAAUGUAAAUAUUUAUUCAUUUACAUUGUACAUGUAUAUGUUAUUUUGUACUAUUUAUUCAUUAAUAAUUAUUUUCUGAUGCAGAAAGAACUUUGAGACAAGUUGUAUAUGCAAUCAAGAAUUCUUUUUUAAACUUCCAAACUAGAUACUAGUAAAUCCUACUCAAAUUGGUCAAAUCUAUGAUAAUAGUGCUAUUUGUUUAUGAGCCCACUCAUGCGUUCUUUGAAUCAUUGUUUUAUUCAUUAACUAUUACAUGUUCUACUAGUCAGCUGUAUUGUAAUGUACUUUAUUAUGUAGUAAGAUGUAUUCUUUUUACUACACAGCAUAAUUUCUUGUUUCAUGCCCACUCUGCAUUGAUGCAUUGAAUCAUUAAUGAUAAACAUGCCUUUACUAAAA